AUGACUGACAAGCGGCAGCUGUCCGCUCGCUGCAGCAAGGGUCCGUACCGAGCAAAGCGCGCGCUUGCUUUCGGCAGUCCGUCCUCGAGCACCGCCGUGAGCUUCGUCCGUCCUCGUCUCUCGCCAGUCCAUCGAAAGAAAAGAGCGCCUACUGACGCUGAUGCUACUGAUGCUGCUCGUACUGCCUUGACGUUCUUGCAGAGUGCACGGGACCGCAACGUGCCAGUUCGCUACGGCAAGUGGGGUCGCGAGGAAGACGCGUACUUGGAGAAGCUCCUGACGCUCUUCCAAGACGGCGUCCUCGCCAACGUGACGGCCAAGACGACCCUCCGUUCGUGGCUCGCGCACAUGCUCAACUGCUGUCCCAUGCGCAUCUCCAAGAAGCAAAUGCACGGCCGCCAGUUCGAAGGCAAAGCCAAGUACAAACGCCAGAGCAGCAACGUCGACAGCAUGACACAGACGCAGUACGACCGCUUAUGUACCGAGCUCUGGCACGCCCGCGCCGAGUUCCUCAGAGCAUGGGCUAACGACGAGUACGCGAGACGCAGCGCCAAGCUCCGAAGAUCGACAGACGCGACGUUGACCGACUGGUACGACAACGUCCUGCGACUUGUGCCAACGCCCGUGAUUGCAAAGCGAUCGAGUGUCGUCGAGUGCACGGAGAGGAGAACACCAGUCGAGGAGCUGCGUCAGGAGAUGCAGACGGACGCAAAGCGACAGAAAGUCGAGACGCUCGCAGAGACUCGAGCGACGACGUCACUUGAGGCAUCGGCACGGCCACCAGCAUCGCCAUCGCCAGCUUCAAUAUCGGCGAGUCAAGAGCCACUGGAUACACUGGACGAGCCAUGGCAGGUUCCGACACUUCUGGCUGAGCCGUCGACUGCAGUUGUGACGGCUCUGCCGACUGCGUACUGCACCGACAAUAAGUUUGACACGAUGACGAUGGGCGAUUACUGGCUCCACGACUUGGACGAGCGGCAACGUGCGGCACAGUGGGCAGCUGACAUCUGGCAGAGUCGAGAAGUCGUGCGAGACGCACCAAACGACGUCGAGAUGCACGUGUCGUCACACGUGUGUGACCAGCAGCAGAACGCCGAGCUCUUGAUGUCGCGAGGCGCGUCGCGAGUUUUCAUUGACUUCGGAGCUCCAAGUUGCUGGUAUGCGGGUGAAGAGCCGAAGCGCGCACAAAGUGGCGACUGGAUGGGCAAUCACGACCUGACCGCAGACAGCCUCGCAAUGAGUCUCGAGCCGAACGACGUCUUUGGCUGGGGCGAGUCGUCGCCAGUUGCGUCGAUGGCGUACAGCCCGACACUGCAAUUCUUGUGA